UGGCAGUACGGGAACACCGAGGAUUCCAGCGACAGAGAAGAAGAAGGAGGAGGAGGAAGGAAGACCUCCAUGUUUGUAGUCCAUUCCUGCUGUUUUGACAGUGGUGCUAGCGAUUAGCACGCGAAUCUCUGUGGUCGUGAUUUGGAAGAUUGGUUAAAUGUGAUUGAGCUGUUAAAUUAAAUUAUAACCAGAGAACUUUAAUCUGAGGAAGAUGCAGGAUGACGCGCGCUACCUCAAACGCAAAGUGACUGCGGGCAGUCUGGAUGUCCAUCCCACAGAGAAGGCCCUUGUGGUCCACUAUGAGGUGGAAGCAACUAUCCUGGGGGAAGGUGGAGGUCAUAUGCUGGGCGAACGCAAGGAGGGACAAAAGAUUAUCCGUGUGAAAAGUCUUUCUCCGAGUACAGAUGUAGGAGCUUUGGCUAAGAAAGUGAUGGAAGAGUGUAAACUCAUCCCAGCUUCCCGUCUGCCCCAGGUGGAGCAGCUCCUCUACUACUUGCAGAACAGAAAAUCAUCACCAGUGGAGGGCAAACUGGAGAAGAAAGAGAAAAGAACUGUGAAACCCAGAGAGCUGACGCCGUUUGAAGGGAUGGAGAUAAACGAGGAAGCCUGUAUAACCAGAGUGGAUGAGUACAUUGAACUGCUCUAUGAAGGCAUCCCGGAGAAGAUCAGAGGCUCUGCUCUUAUUCUGCAGCUCGCCCGCAACCCUGAUAACCUGGAGGAGCUGCUGCACAAUGAGGCAGUUCUUGGUGCUCUGGCCAGAGUAUUGAGGGAGGACUGGAAACAGAGUGUAGAUCUGGCUACCAUCAUCAUUUACAUCUUCUUCUGCUUCUCCAGUUUCUCCCAGUUUCAUGGAGUGGUGAGUCAUUAUAAAAUAGGAGCGUUGUGUAUGAGCGUGGUGGAACAUGAGCUGAAGAGACAUGACGUGUGGCGCGAGGAGCUACGCAAGAAGAACAAGGCUUGUGAGUCAGCACCCGAGAACAGCUCACUCAGAAGGGACCAGGACAAAGCCAUGAGAAAAUACCAAGGCCUUCUGGCCAAACAGGAGCAGCUGCUCAGAGUGUCUCUUUACCUCCUGUUGAACCUCGCUGAGGACACCAGAACCGAGCUGAAGAUGAGGAAUAAAAACAUUGUUGGUCUGCUGGUCAAAGUUCUUGAACGGGAUGAUGAGGAGCUGCUGGUCCUGGUGGUGUCAUUCCUCAAAAAACUUUCCAUCUUCCUGGAGAACAAGAAUGACAUGGCUGAGGUGGACACUGUAGAACGAUUGGCUCAUCUGGUUCCCUGUGACCAUGACGACCUGUUAAACCUGACUCUGCGUCUGCUGCUCAACCUCUCCUUUGACUCUGGACUCAGAGCCAAGAUGGUGGAAGUCGGACUGUUGCCUAAACUGACUGCCUUGUUGGGUGACGAGAACAACCGUCAGGUCGCCAUGCGUAUCCUGUAUCACAUCAGCAUCGACGACCGAUUCAAGGGCAUGUUUGUUUACACUGACUGCAUACCUCAGCUAAUGCGAAUGCUGUAUGAGCACAGCGAGGAGGAAAUCGAAGGCGAGAUCAUCUCCAUCUGUAUCAACCUUGCUGCAAACAAGAGGAAUGCACAGCUCAUGUGUGAAGGAAAUGGGCUGAAGAUGCUCAUGAAGAGAGCUCUGAAGAUGAAAGACUGCCUUCUGAUGAAGAUGAUCAGAAACAUCUCACAGCAUGACGGACUAACCAAACCACUCUUCAUAGACUAUGUUGGCGAUCUGGCAGCAGAGAUCCGUGCAGAGGAGGAGGAGGUGUGGGUUCUGGAGUGUCUGGGGACGCUGGCAAAUCUCACCAUCCCUGACCUGGACUGGGAGUUGGUGCUGAAGGAGUACAACCUCGUACCCUACCUCAAAGACAGACUUAAACCAGGCUCAGCAGAGGAUGACCUCAUCCUGGAGGUGGUGAUAAUGAUUGGAACGGUUUCCAUGGAUGACGCCUGUGCUGCCAUGUUGGCCAAAUCUGGCAUUAUUCCUGCUCUUAUCGAGCUGCUGAAUGCCCAGCAGGAGGACGAUGAGUUUGUGUGUCAGAUUGUCUACGUCUUUUAUCAGAUGGUUUUUCACCAGGCCACACGAGACGUCAUCAUCAAAGACACCCAGGCUCCAGCCUACCUGAUAGAUCUGAUGCAUGACAAGAAUGCAGAGAUCAGAAAAGUGUGUGACAACACCCUCGACAUUAUCGCUGAGUACGAUGAGGAGUGGGGGAGGAAGAUUCAGUCAGAAAAGUUCCGUUUCCAUAACAACCAGUGGUUGGAGAUGGUCGAGAGUCGCCAAGCUGAUGAGUCUGAACCAUAUCUCUACGAUAAUGAUGACAGGACUGACCUAUUCUACAGUGCAGAUGGAAUAACUCCAGCAGACGGCUCAGUCAGCCCUGAUUUCUUCAGUGACAUGCAGCCUCAAAAUGGAGACGUGCACCAUACAGGAGAUGGCAAUGACGUGUUCGACCAGACGAGCUCGUCACCUGGACGACCGGCUACUGCGUAUGGCUUCAGACCUGACGAACAACCCUUUUAUCAGUACUCAUAGACACACGAGCGCCUGGUUUGUGAAACACUUCAGGGCGUCUUAGCUCCAUUCACAUCCCGCAUGUUAUAUCUUUAGAUAGAAUCACUGCUAGAAUCCCUCAUGACUGAAGGCGAACGAUCAUAAAGGCUGAAAUACUGAUGAGGUCUGACACAUUUUAAACUAGUCACUUUUCAUUAAGCUUUCCAUACAUUCACCAUUAUGUCAAACACAUAAGUAGUUAAGUCUUCCUUGCACUCUUGCUACAGUCUUCUUAUGUUGAUUAAUUUCUGCAUGUUUUACAGUGUAAUCAUGAACAUCUGCCUCUUUACUCAAACAUCUUCUGUUUUUCUGUUGCUGAACAGUUUGACUCAUCAGUUUAUUAACAUGCACUAGAUGUACAUAGCUUUGUUUGUCUGUGCCACUGUAAAAUGGGAACAUUGAUGUUGGUGGUGCUUCUAACUUAGGGUGCUUUCACAGUGGCAGAUUAGUCCGAUAGCUUGAUGAAGAUUCAUUGAUGCGUGGACACAGAGUAACAGAGGAGGUUAGUGAUAAAGGGGUGCUUGUUUUUUUCUCCUUUGCAGCCCUCACAGGUGGUCUCACACUCUCUUCAACCAUGAUCAUGUUCUCCAUUUUCCCCAUGCAUGUCAAACGAGGCACCUGCCUUGCUUUAAACAACUGCACUUUGACGAGGAUCACAAACACUAAGGGGAAACGUCAGAUUCCAGUUCAGAUUCAAAAGAGCAGAGCUGGUGUGAACGUGGCCCGAGAAAUGUUCACUCUUACGUUGAAGCUUAAAAUGCUGCAGUCUUGUGGCUCAGGUCAUUGUUGCGGCCACCACACAGUGCACUCUACAUGUUACUGAUGUCAAACCAUAGCAGUAUUACAUUCAGCAACAAGAAAUGUCGACACUCUGUCACAGCGGAAGAAGUGUGCCCUCGCUUUUUAAAUGGAUACACAGUAUUUCAAUACAUAAGAAAAUGAAUGUUACUGACCUGACACCACACACCCCUGAUACUGUGGCUGUCCCCGCUGAGUUGACCUGAAUGCAGCGUUUACUAAAACAGGACAUCUGUUAACCAUGGCAGCUUUGACUGCAGGAAGUGACUGCCAGCACAGCUAGCAGCUCGCAGAGGGACAGAUGGUCUGACACAGACCUGGAGUCUCUGUUUUAAUGCUCCACUCCACUUCAGAUUAUUCUUCAUUUGUUUUGGAGGAGAUCUGGGAAACCAAACGAUCUGAACUUUGUUAAAUAGGAAAGGAGGAACCACAGUUUUUCUGUUAUUGCUGAAGUUUUAUCAGUAAUCCUGUGGCUCAGAUCUCUUAAGGCUGUUUACAUACUGAGAAAGCACCACAUUGAAAGCAUCUAAAUUCCUCAUACAACAUACUGUUCAGCAUGUGCAGUGUUGAAUGCGUUACAUACACUGACCCUCAGUACACAUUUGAACUUGAACUAAUUGGGAGAGCACUUUUAUUUGUGUGUGCAUGUUGGAGGAGAGGGCAGUGGACCUUCACUGUGCACGUAUCAGACACUACAGCACUGCUCAUGAAGCUUUCGGGGGCUUCCUGUUUGAACAGCGGUGAGAUCAGGAGACCCGAGUCACAGGAUGAGUGACAUUAUGUUGUUAAUGUCUGCCUUCAGCUGCAAAAGGCUUUGUUUUCACUGCGUCCUUGUUCGCUGUGGAGGGUCAUUGCAAGAACAUUAGUGCACAAACCGACAACAAAUUGUCAAAUUUCAAAAUACACCCAGGACUGUGACUAGAUUCUCAUCACUUUAAAUAGCAGGGCUAACUUGGAUGAUGUUCCCUUGAGCAUGGCACUUCCUGCUGAACAAGCUCCAUGUGUGAAUGUAUAAAUGUGAAUGAGAGCAGCAUCAUUUCUCCUGUCAAAACAAAAAUGUAUUGUGCCAUUGACUGAACUACACGAGAGGAGGCUCACACAGGACACUGACAGUUAGCUGCAUACUGUAUUACUCAUAGGCAUAUUUGCACUAGUUAUAUUUUGAUGCAUGGUUAUGUUUUGUUUUUAUCAUAAGUUAUUGUUACUCUCUGUAUAUGAUUGUGUUUUUAUAAUUGAUUUGAUUGUUACUUGACAUGUAACAUGACACUGUAAACAGAAGCAAGUUCUGGACUAUAGAUACGCUCCAUCUCUCGCUGUCUUUCAUCCUCAGGUUCUUUAAUAAAAAUAAAAAAACUGUCACAUUUCA